UCCAUCAUCUCUCAAUCUGUUAAUAAUCUCUCUCUCUCUCUCUCUCUCUCUCUCUCUCUCUCUCUCUCUAACUUUCUUAAAGAUUUGGUAGAAUCGUGAUGGGUUUAUCAAAAGGUAGAUUGAAAGCCUGGUUCAAUAAGAAAAUCACCGACCCUCUCCUCCAGAUCUUGCGUAGAGGUACUGAGCCUAAGCAGCUUGCUUUCUCCGCCGCACUCGGUAUUACCUUGGGGAUAUUUCCGAUAUGCGGUGUUCCUGUGUUUCUAUGUGGAGUAGCUAUUGCGUUUCUUGGUUCUGCUUGUCAUGCUCCUACCGUAAUGUUGGCUAACAUCAUUGCCACUCCAGCAGAACUUGCCCUCGUGGUGCCUUUUCUAAGACUUGGUGAGAAAGUCACUGGUGGACCUCAUUUUCCUUUGACAUCAGAUGCCCUCAAGAAGGUUUUCACUGGUCAAGCCUCCCAGGAAGUCUUUUUAAGCAUUGGUAAUGCGUUACUAGGGUGGCUUGUAGCAACUCCAUUCUUCUUUAUUGCGCUGUACGUUGUGUUGCUUCCGUGUUUCAAGAUCCUUGUUCGCAAGUUUGGCGCAGCUGCUUCAACCCCAAAAAUACCAAUAAGUAUGGAGACAGAGCUCAACCCGAAGCCAAGAGUCGCUUAGGUUCAACAAGAGUUAGGGUUCUCAUUUUUCUGUUAACCCUUGAAUUGUAACACUGAGAGAUACAUAGACGACCUAAUGUAUAGGGGGACACGACUGUACUAUCAAAUCCUCGCACUUUUGUUCAAAAACCUCUUUUAGAAAGUGUCAGCAACCGAAAAUAUUGGAGGGUUACAUAUUUAAUCAUUGUAUCAAACAUAAAGCAUCAAGCCAUUUCUUGUGUUUUU